UGUGUUUUUACGACCCCAUUUAUUCUCUGGCUUUCUUUCUCUCUAAUCAGCUCUGCUUCCUGAUUCAUAGUAAGAAUCAUUAUCCCAAGCUUGAGAAAUGUUUCGCUACCAAAUUCUUGAUUCAGCACCCUCUUUUCAUGACUCCCUCAAGGCACUUGAGGCUGACAUUCAACAUGCCAAUAUGCUGGCAGCUUCUAUUCCAAGGGGCAAUGGAAGGGCUUGCCUUCAAAUGAAGUUAGUUUACAAUAAAUUGGCACCAAUAUUUAUGUUUUUAUUCCAAUGGAUGGAUUGCUCAUGUUCAUGUCUACUUCCAAGUCAUUUGAAUCUUUUCCAUGUAAUUGUGUACAAGGUUCAAACCAAUGGGAAGCCAAGUAUCUAUUCUUGUGGAAGAAAAGCAACCAUAAGGGAGUUCUAUAGUGUUAUAUUACCUUCUCUCGAGCGCCUUCAAGGUGAUUUAGUAGAUACGGACAUUACUGUAGAAAAAGGUCACAGCAUCGAGAUGGUUAUCAAUAGGAGUGAGGAGGAUAAGAGGAAGCACUAUGAUUUGGACUCGGAGAGAGAAAAUGAGUGUGGCAUCUGCUUAGAGUCUUGCACCAAAAUGGUUUUGCCUAAUUGCUGCCACGCUAUGUGUAUAAAGUGUUACAAUGACUGGAACACAAGGUCAGAAUCUUGUCCAUUUUGCAGGGGAAGUUUAAAGAGAGUUAAAUCAGGGGAUUUGUGGGUUCUAACAUGCAGUAGCGAAGUGAUUGAUGUGCAAACCAUAUAUAGAGAAGACAUGAUGCGUCUCUAUCUCUUUGUAAACAACUUGCCAGAAUAUAUUCCAGAUGCUGUUUUCUUUAUGUAUUAAGAGUACUUAUUUUGAUUGAAUAAUAAUAUGUACAGGUGAGAAAAAUGCCAGCCAUCAGUGUAUAGAAUGUGGUCAAUUUUUCUCUUGAUUAUUUGUUUGUAGAGUACUCAAUUAUUACAUUCUCUUGCACAAAAUAUGUCAGUU